AUGGCAACCGCUGCGCUUCCAUCUUUGAAGCCUGUCGAGAUCUCAUUCCCACUGCCAAAGACGCCACAUACAAAUGUCCACAUCCAUUUGACAUUCAUGGCGACUUCGACCAUGGUCUUCCUAUCGACUACGACGCUUGGUGAUAGUGGCUCGACUCUCAAGCCAAUGGGUAGUCUUAUAUACGCCAUGCCAGAUCGCACAAACCCACAAUCUACCAUCUCAACAGUUCUAUACACAUCCCCUGGCAGCAUAGACUACGCCACUCGCACAGCCAGAAUCCUGGCCCGCAGAAUGAAAAUCCCGGUUUAUGUAGGAUGCAACAUCGAUCCUGUCGUCACCGGGUCGACCGUUGAAGAAGAAAUGGAGGGAUUUUCCAAGAUCAUUGAUACGAUCAUGAAGAAAUGGGAAAGCCGAGAAUAA